CUGACUGACACGUCGCAAAUUCGGCAUAAUCAAGGAGAACCUUUCCAGGUGGUGGUCUCUGAAAUUGCUCAGUGAGCACCCCGUAAUUAACCUGAUUUUUUGGUGAUAAUCACUCACAAUGGAAUCAAAUCAAAAAUCCGGGGAUGGAUUGGCUGGCACACAGAACGACGCUGCCCUCCGCACAUUAAUUCAGCGCACAGGAUAUAGUUUGAUUCAGGAAAAUGGCCAAAGAAAGUAUGGAGGGCCACCACCAGGAUGGGAUGGACCACCGCCAGAACGAGGCUGUGAGAUUUUCAUUGGAAAGUUACCCCGAGACCUCUUUGAAGAUGAACUUAUACCGUUAUGUGAAAAAAUUGGUCAAAUCUAUGAAAUGCGCAUGAUGAUGGACUUCAAUGGAAACAACAGGGGUUAUGCUUUUGUAACUUUCUCCAACAAACAGGAGGCCAAGAAUGCAAUCAGGCAACUGAACAAUUAUGAAAUCAGGAAUGGUCGUCUCCUAGGGGUUUGCGCCAGUGUAGACAACUGCCGUUUAUUUGUAGGAGGAAUCCCGAAAACCAAGAAAAGGGAAGAAAUUUUAGUAGAGAUGAGGAAAGUUACCGACGGGGUCAUCGAUGUUAUCGUGUAUCCCAGUGCAGCCGAUAAAGCCAAAAACCGUGGAUUCGCUUUUGUGGAAUAUGGAAGCCAUCGGGCAGCUGCCAUGGCAAGACGCAAACUGCUGCCAGGAAGGAUACAAUUAUGGGGACAUCCUAUAGCCGUUGACUGGGCAGAACCCGAGGUCGAGGUUGAUGAAGACACAAUGUCAUCAGUUAAGAUACUUUAUGUGCGGAAUCUUAUGUUAUCAACCACUGAAGAGACAAUUGAAAAAGAAUUCAACAACGUUAAACCAGGAUCAGUGGAGCGAGUAAAGAAAAUCAGAGACUAUGCAUUUGUGCACUUUAAUAACCGAGAAGACGCAGUGGAGGCCAUGAAAAUCUUAAAUGGGAAGAUGCUGGAUGGCUCUCCCAUUGAAGUCACAUUGGCCAAGCCAGUAGACAAAGACAGUUACGUCAGAUAUACCCGAGGCACAGGAGGCCGAGGAACCGUGUUGCCAGAGUAUACCUAUACUUUUGGGCAUGUAUAUGACCCUGCUACAGCCUACCUGGGAGCCCCAGUAUUCUAUGCACCUCAAGCCUAUGCUGCUAUUCCCAAUCUUCACUUUCCUGCUGCUGCUGCUAAAGGGCAUCUCACCAAUAGGGGCCUAAUUAGGCCUCCAUCCAUUAGAGAAAUUUACAUGAAUGUACCUGUAGGGGCUGCCGGAAUUAGAGGACUAGGAGGCCGUGGCUACUUGGCUAACCCUGCCCUGGGGCGUGGAUACCAGCUCAAAGGAGAAAAAAGAGUGGAGGAAAAACUCUAUGACCUUUUGCCAGGAAUGGAACUUACGCCAAUGAAUCACGUCAGUUUAAAGCCGCAAGGAAUUAAACUUGCUCCACAGAUAUUAGAAGAGGUCUGCCAGAAGAACAACUGGGGGCAUCCUGUCUAUCAACUUCAUUCCACCAUUGGACAAGACCAAAGACAGCUAUUCUUAUAUAAAAUCACCGUUCCUGCCUUGGCCAGUCAAAAUCCUACUAUGCAACCCUUCACACCGCCCAAGCUAAGCGCCUAUGUAGACGAAGCCAAAACAUAUGCAGCAGAAUAUACUCUUCAGACCCUUGGCAUUCCCACUGAGGGAGCAGAGACCCCUGCUGCUACAGCAACAUUUCCAGGAUACAUUGCUAAUGCAGCUGCUGCAACGGUAGCAGCUACUCAGCUAAAGCAAGCAGUGACUCUUGGACAAGAUCUGGCAACCUACGCAGCAUACGAAGCUUAUCCAGCAUUUGCAGUAGCUACUCGUAGUGAUGGCUAUGGAACCUUUUAAUAUAUAUAUAUAUAUAUAUAUAUAUACUGUAUUUUCUGGCGUAUAAGACUACUUUUUAACCCAGGAAAAUCUUCUCAAAAGUUGGGGGUCGUCUUAUACGCCCAGCCGUCUUAUACGCCGGAAAAUACGGUAUAUAUAUAUAUAUAUAUAUAUAUAUAUAUCCUGUUAUUUAAAUAAUGUUUUCCCUUUAAUCAAGUUGUGGCAGGGGGCAGGAGUUACUUCAGGCUAAUGAUUAGUUGGACUUCAGGAUUUAGAAUUAAUGAUUGGGCAAAUUCUGCCGUGGUAAGAAUUCUUUACUUUUAGAUUAGCGGUUUAAUAAUGGUACAUAAUGGUAGACACUGAUUGAUAUAUACCUUAAAGUAUGUUUUUUAUACUGGUGGGAAAAUAACCAUACCCUGGAAGGAAAUAGAAACUUCUUGUGUGCAUUAGGGGGUUAAAGGCUGUGUUCCAUUUUGUAAAAGCUCUCAGGGGCCGCAUCCCAGUGGUGGGUGGGGCAAAGGGGGUGGGGCUAAAAUACCCAAAAUGCCAGCCCAUUGUAGCUUACUGCCAGUAACUAAGCCUCAGGAGCGGCAUGUCAAUCUUUUAGAAAGGGGCAGGAAUUCGCAAAAGCCAUGAAACCACCAAAUGAUUGGUGGGUGGGGAAAGGGGUGGGGCCAAAGAAAGGGGGCAGGCCAUCUGAGGAACUCCAGAAGGCUGGAUUAAGACCUUAGGAGAACUGGAUUUGGUCCCCAGGCUCUUCACUCCCAUAAUAAUUCUAGGGCCAAGCUAGAUGCAAUAAUGCUUGAAUGCAUUUAAUGUAGUUAGUUUGUUUUUUUAAAAGGUAAAUAGCAGCUACUUGGGUGCUACAAGCAAUGAGGGGAGGUGUUUAGCCCAUUUCUUCCCUGCUGCGGUCUGGUUGAAAGCACCUCUCCAACUGGGAAGAAAGGGCUAACCCGCCCCCCCCCCCGGCCCACUACCAGCUGCAAUUAUAAUUAUCCAUUUCCCCCAGCACUGUUAUUGCAUUUAAAAAAAAAAAAAAAAACAUGUGCUCAUUAAAUACAUAAUGCUGCAUGUAGUUUGGCCCUUAGUAACCUUUGCAGCCAUAUCCACAGACUACAAACAUCCACAGUGCAAUCCUACAAAUGUCCAUUUGGAUGUAAAACUUAUUGAGUAUGACAUAUCUCAGCUCAGUGUGUAUCAGAUUGCAGCUCAUGUGCUUCAGCUCACUGAAAUAGAUGGGCUUUCGUGUAAUUAACUCUAUGUUGGAUUGUAGCCAUUCUGCCCUAGGAGCCUAAGGGUAGUAGCCAAUGUUAGUCCUACAUAAGCAUCUGUAGGAUUGCAACCUAAAAAAGGGAAGAUUUUCAAAGGCACAAAGGGGAAUGUGCCAUUUGCAAAGCAUUAUCUUCUGUUAGAGUUUUGAGAACUGCAGUUCAUGGGGUGAGAGGGGAGGAGAGGAUCUUAGAAAUAUGAGAACAAUGUUCAAAGACAAAUAAAUGCAUCCCCAUGUUCAUAUUCAGAUCUCAUUCUUCUUAGGAUUUUUAGGGGCAUCUCAUUCUUGUUAUGAUUUUUUAGGGGCUCAGUAGUUAUUCUGAAAUUGUUUCCUUCAAAUAUUCAAGCAAGCUGUACAGCCUGAUCCUGUGCAAGUCCCAUUAUGUCCAAAGAUGCUUUCUCCCAAGUAAAUGUAAAUAGGAUUGCAGUUUAGGUUGCUAUCAUAAGUUAUUUUUAAUUGGAUUUUGGUGUGUGUGUUUUCGCUUUUAUAAACUUUGGCAAACCACAUGGAAACACUACAUAGACUAAAAUGUAACAUAUGAUAUAAAACAGUUCUGCUUUCUAUCUUUUAUCAGAAUAAAAAGUGAUCCUAGCAUUUCACAAAUACCCAUUAGCUAGUUGAUUUAAUAGUGGACUUCAAGGAGGAUAAUAUCGAUUCCCCCCUAUUAAAAAAAAACACCAUUGUAAUACAGUUCAAAGAAAGUCAAAGCAAGUUUGGUAAUAGUGAAAUUAAGGUUGUUUGGACACAAUGGGUAGUAUCCAUCCAAUAUUAGUCCUUUUAGUGUAGACUCAUUGAAAUGAAUGGGACUUAGGCUAACACUGGAUACAACCCA